AUGUUUCCAUUGCCAACAACAGCGAUCAUGAGUGUUAUUUGUCUACUGAUGAUUACAUUCAUAACAGCAAACUAUGCUUAUGUCAUCGAUUCAGGCGAUCUGAGAAACAGUCUUCUCGAGCAACAUUUCGAUUACGAUCUGCCCAUAGCUGAUGAUCGAUUCGUACGUGCAACAAAAUUCCCACGGAUCGGUCGUUCACUCACUGAUUUUGAUGAUAUAACAUCACCCAACGGCGGAGACGUCGACGAUAUCCACAACGACGAAGAUUAUCGUUGGCUCGAACAGCGCAGUGUUCUUUUCCCACGAAUUGGCAAACGUGCAUUUCACAAUAUCAUGUGGGCAAACAGUUAUUCCAAUCCACAUCGUAUGCUAGAUUCCCAAGGUCGAUAUCACAUCAAUGGUUAUGAUUAUCAUAUUCAUCCCAAUCAUUACCAACCGGCGUCUCAACUUCGUGGCAAACGAAAUCUGCCAAUGUAA